AUGGAUGUGGAAAUAUCUCUCGGCAACAAAGAGUCUCCCAAUGGAGCCAUCACCGACGGCCACAAUGGCCACCAGCGAAUGCUGCCCUCUAUGGGCCCGACCAUGGACAAGAUGGACUUUGAUCAGCCGGACAGCAGCAGUAGUAGCGGGGGCGGAGUCAGCUUGGAAGGGGAGGCGGAGAUGCUGGUUCAUGCAAUGAACGGCUUCCUCCUGGUGGUGCAGCAAGACGGCCAGGUCGUGUUUGCCUCGCCCUCCAUCCAAGAAUACUUGGGCUUUCAGGAUGCGGACGUCAUGCACCAGUGCGUCUACGAUCUGAUCCACAAGGACGACCGUACCAACUUUCAGCAGCAGCUGAAGUACGAAAAUUGCCACGACUACGCUGAUGAUUUGGACACCCCAGAUUCACAGGCCUCGUUGGAGCGGAACUUCACAGCUCGGCUUCGCUGCCUACUGGAUGAAUCAUCAGGAUUUCUGAAUCUUCAGAUUACCGGUCGGCUGAGACCUCUGUUCGGCCAGCGUAUCCGGGGGGAGGACGGUGUGCCAGUGGACAUCGACCCGCCAGACAUGGCACUCUUCGCCAUCGUCUGCCCCAUGCAGCAGCCCUCUAUCAUGGAGAUCUACGUCCGCAACAUGAUCUUCCGAACCAAGCACGAGCUCAACUUCAAAACCAUCACUCUGGAUAGCAAGGCCGAGGACGUCCUAGGCUACAAUGAAGCCCAGUUUAAGAUGGUCACCGGUUAUCACUACUUGCACUACGAGGACAUCAUCUACUGCUCCGAAAUGCACAGCAGUUUGGUCCGCAAGGGAGAGUCAGGCUUCAUCUACUUCCGGCUCAUGACCAAGUCCUCCAAGUGGCAAUGGGUACAGGCCAAAGGUCGGGUCAUCUACAAGAGCGGCAAACCGGACUACCUUGUGUCCACGCACAGGCCUAUGAGCGAUGAGGAGGGAGAGCAGCAUCUGAACGCUCGUGGCGAACCCUUCAAGUUUCCCUUCAGCGGCUCGGCCAAUCUGUACGACUGUAACCCGCCCUACCCACCGAUCCCCAUCCCAAAAGCUAUUCUGGAAGGCAGAGCCAAGUUUCCGGCCAAUUUCCCACCCUUCCUGGGUGAUGGUCCUCCUCCUGGUUUCCCAGCUGGCAGCAUGCCUCCAGGAUUCCCACCCUUCCCCGGCGAUGGUCCACCGCCCGGGUUCCCCCCAUUUCCUGGGGAUGGUCCACCAGGGGGAUUCCCGUCAGGCGGUUUCCCGCCCAAUGGUUUCCCGCCCUCUGGUCCCCCACCCGGGUUUGAAGGUGGCAUACCUCAGAUGCCAGCUGGCGUGGAUCUUCCGGGGUUGUCGAGCCCUGCUUCUCGCCAAGUAGAGCGCAGACCAAAGCUGGUCGCCAAGAGGCAUCUCAGCAAACCACCGCAUGGCACUCCACCUCCGAACGUCACCGUCAAUCCAGCCAAUGGUACCAUCGACUUCAACCCGAUGUCCAGACUACCCCAGAUGGUGUCUUCAACAUCCGGGUCAUCGGUUCAGGUGCCUAAGUCUCACCCCGUCACGUCUCAGCCUUACCGGUCUGCUGCUCAGCAGGAGCAGCUGAAGCAAGAGCUGAGGAAGUUCACCCAAGCCUUCCAGAAAGUCAGCAUGAGAGAGGAGGCCAACGCGAGAGCCAUGGCUGAUAGAGGUUAUGCUGCCAUGAACGACUUUACUCAGACAACAGAAGCGAUGCAACCUUCACACUCUGGAACUGCGACUAACAUGAUGGAUGCCCAUUCAUCCAGUCAUCUGUCAGUUAUGAAUUCCAAUCCCCAGACCUUUGAGCCUGUGAACACUGGCGUCUCAGAACCAGUGGAUUUGGACUCAGACUGGAUAAUUCUGAAGACGUCUCCGCAAUCAGUGGACGAGGAUUUCAGCGAGAGCUGUGCCCUUUCAUCCACUGUGCCUCUUAGCUGCAGAUCAGGUGCUUCCUCCAACCCCUACCCCAAUCAACAGAACAUGACAAAUCCCAGCAACCAUCCGGCUGUCUCUUACGCAGCACCCCCACCUAGCUCCAACACACCAAGAAAUGCCUCAGCAACACAUCCACUCACUCAUCAUCCCCCAGCUAAUCAGCAGUCUACCUUUACCCAACCUCCCCAGAGCAACCAUCCACAGAUGGACUUGAUGAGUUCAACCAGUGAGAUUCCCUCUUUCAAUGAUUCCCUUGCUCCCAUCUCCUUUGAUGAACUCAUCCCCUCCCUCACCCCAAGUGAUACCCCUCAAACGGACUUGCAGAGUGCAAAUGGUCUCCCGUGCAACGGUCUUGGAUAUGAACCAGUGACCAACGAGGUGAGUCCAAUCCAACAGUCAGCCUUCCCCCUAGAGAGCUCAUCUCUGUCAAUGUGUGCUGGGCAGCAGGUACCUGCAUCCCACCCUUUCCCACAGACAAUGAACUCUCCUCGGAUCCCUCAAACCACCGAUCAAACCAGCGUCUUCAACAGUAGCUUGGACUCCACCACCACCCUGGACUUUGGCAGCAUAAGCGAGCAGUCAUCUGGUCUUGGCCAGAGACAGGACAGCAUGAGUACAACCUCCUCAUCCAGUCCAUCAAGUAGCAUCGACAAUGAUGGAAAUCUGAGAACCAACUGGCCAUCCGAGCAAAACAUCAGCAGCCCACCCGAUGUCAAAUACCCCCUAACGGACGAACAGCUCCUGGCCUGCGCUACUGCCCUCGACAAACACAACAGUUUCCCUUCCCAAAUGAAUAGCUUCCCACAGUUCAACGGCCUUACACCCACAAGCCAGCUCCACCAGCGACCCACCAACCUCCACAACCUCUCCCAGCAACAACAGCAGCAACAAUUUCAGCAGUAUUGCCAGCCCCACAACAUGGGCAGCCCUCGGCAGGCCUUUGCGCCAGACAACAGCGCCUUGAAUCAGUUCAACGUGUCGCAGCAAGGAAUGGUACAGGAGAGCCUUACUGAGCAGAACUUUGUCAAACGAGAGCAGAUCCUAAAUCAUAAAAUCAAUCCCCGGCAGCAGCAACUCAUCAGUACACCGACGAAUCCGCACAUAUCACCGCCGGCCUACCCUGGAGUUGUUGGGAGACCCUUGGAAAAUGGUUUCCAUCAUGAAGUUAAUGGCUAUGGUGCCUUCACCGAUAUCACCCAGGACCUACUGAUGCCUAACGGGGAGCUCAACGGUGGAUUGGUCCCAGACCAAGAAGCCUUCCUGGUGCAGCAGGAAUUUGAAACCAUGAGUGGAAACUAUGCAGACCGAUCACUAGCCUUCCAACAGCAGGGAAGUGACCUGCAACAACUGCAGCAGCAACAGGAACGACUAGAGCGGCAACAGCAGCAGCUGCGGCGCAAACAACAGUUGCUGCACCAGCAACAGCAGCGACAGCAACUGCAGCAACUGCAGAAGCAACAGCAGCAGUUGCAGAAGCAACAACAGCAGCAGCAGCUGUGGCAGAAACAGCAGCAACUGCAGCAGCAGCAACUGCAGCAGCAGCAACUGCAGCAGCAGCAACUGCAGCAGCAGCAACUGCAACAGCAGCAACUGCAGCAGCAACAGCAGCAGCAACAGCAGCAACUGAACUACAUGCCAAACUUUCUUGACAUGACAACAACCCAGGAGCAAAUUUACCUGAAUGGCGUGCCCUGAUAAAAAAAAAAGGCCCAACUCCAAACUUCCUUUUUUUUCGGAUGCAACCAAAAGACUUAGAAAAAACCCAAACAGUGUGUGCAGCUCUCACCAAACCUUUGCAUUAUAACCCAUUAAGCACCUGUACUACAAUGUAUUACACUGUGUUUAUUCACUGAAGAAUCAAUCAAACCAUACAUAGGCCAUCAGCCUGGGGGUUUGGUCAGUAUCAAAUCAGGGCAUAAAUGAUAAUAGUGCGCAUGCGCAAGGUAUACCACCCCUAGAGUGGUAACAAGCAUUUUGAUGGAUAUUUUGUAAAAAAAAGGCGAUAACACCCAAAAAGCUGCCACCACUGCAAUGCUGUCACGUAUUUUAUAACUCUGGAGGUGUAUACCUUGCCAAAAAUCGCUGUGACGAUUAUUCCCCUCAUUUGAUACCGGUGGCCAAAAUUUUGGACCGAGGCUGAUGGCCUAACAGUGCUUGGGCGGUUUCGGCUGCAACAG